AUGUUGACACUACGCUUGAUUUUGUUGCUACAGAGCAUUCUGUUGGUCUUUGGCGGUGUCUGCCUUAUACCCAGCCCCAUAAGGCAGGAACGUUCGCUUUUCAGUGAGCUGCUGAAGCCGCAGCCGCGUCUAGACGGCCGCAUUGUGGGAGGACAUCGUAUCAAUAUCACCGAUGCACCACAUCAGGUAUCGCUUCAAACCAGCAGUCACAUAUGCGGCGGUUCCAUUAUAGACAAGCAAUGGAUACUCACAGCGGCACAUUGUACCUACGGCAAAACAGCGGAUCGCCUGCGCAUACGUCUCGGCAGCUCAGAGGCAUCGCAUCACGGCGAACUGUUGCGCGUUAAGAAGAUUGUCCAGCAUGAGAAAUUCAACUACACCAAUGUGGACUACGAUUUCUCCUUGCUGGAGCUGGAGCACGAGAUUGAAUUUGAUGCCACCAAGAAGGCCAUAAUGUUACCCAACGAUUCCCAAAUGUUCCUCGAUGGAGAAGUUUGCUUUGUUAGUGGCUGGGGCAAUACCCAAACCAUUCUCGAGUCCCGCGACUGGUUGCGUCAGGUGGAGGUUCCAUUGGUGAAUCAGCAACUGUGCAGUGAGAAGUACAAACAAUAUGGAGGCGUCACGGAGCGUAUGAUAUGCGCUGGUUUCUUGGAGGGCGGCAAGGAUGCCUGUCAAGGCGAUUCUGGUGGUCCCAUGGUGAAUGAGGCGGGCGUGCUGGUGGGCGUAGUGUCGUGGGGCUACGGUUGCGCAAAGCCCGACUUUCCCGGCGUCUAUGCGCGCGUUACCUAUGCUCGGGAUUGGAUCAAAGAGCAUAGUGGGGUAUAG